AUGCAGUCGCCUCGGACGAUCAAAGACCUGCAACGACUGAACGGAAGGAUUGUUGCCAUAUCCCGAUUCCUUGCCCGGUUGGGAGAUCACUGCCUCCCCUUCUUCAGGGCGCUCAAGGACCCGAAAAACUUCCGAUGGACAACGGAGUGCGAAGAAGCCUUCAAACAGGUAAAGCAGCGCCUGGCGGACCUCCCCCGGCUCACCUCUGUUUCUCCCGGCGAAAAGCUGGGCCUCUAUCUGGCGGCCUCGCCCCAUGCAGUCAGUUCCGUCCUGAUCAAAGAAAGCUCGGGCAAACAGCUUCCGAUCUACUACGUUAGCCACAUCCUGAGCGGACCCGAGGGGCACUACCCGCCGAUAGAGAAACUCGCGCUCGCCCUGGUGCUGUCGGCUCGGAAGUUGCGUCCCUACUUCCAGGCGCACCCAGUUGAGGUCAUCACCGACCAACCCCUGCGGCAGGUUUUAUCUAAAUUCGAUGUUGCAGGUCGGCUUCUCAAAUGGGCAGUAGAGCUAGGCGAGCAUGAUAUAAGAUACGUGCCCAGGACCGCCAUCAAAGCACAGGCGGUGGCCGACUUCAUCGCAGAGCUAACCCAGGUGACGGGCGAGGAUCUAGAGCAGCCUCCCGAAGCUUGGAUCCUACACGUGGACGGCUCAUCCAACUCAAAGGGCGCCGGCGCGGGACUGGUCCUCCUCGCCCCCGACGGCCACUCGUUCGAGCACUCCCUCCGCUUCGGGUUCAAGGCCACUAACAACGAGGCGGAAUACGAAGCGCUCCUGGCAGGACUCAGGCUGGCCCUCGAGAUCCAGGUGGCCGCUGUACACGUCCUCACUGACUCGCAGUUGGUGGCCGAACAGCUCAGCGGCGCAUAUGAGGCUCGGGACCCAACCAUGGCGAAAUACCUGGCACAGGUAAGGGACCUGACUGCUAAGUUCCCUUAUUUCACAUUAUCCAAUGUCCCGAGGGGGGAGAACGAGCGGGCCGACGCAUUGGCCAAGCUGGCGUCGAAACCGACCUGCAAAACACGCCCAGAGAUCGAGGAGCUUCCUGCCCGCGCCAUCGAAAUAGCGAUUACGGCCCCCGGAAAUGCCCCGAUCACGUGGGUACAGGAGCUACUGCAUUUCAAGCGGGAUGGGAUCCUUCCUCGCGACGAGGUAGCGGCUUGA